AUGGAUCUCUGAUUAUCCCAAGCCUGCCUGAUAUUUUACCGAGUGCAGAGAAAAUGGUCUCAGUUUAAGUCUCAGCACAUCGGCCGUAGCGAUGGGGAAAGUGGAGAGUUUUACAAUACUCUAUGACCGCGCUAUUGACAACACCGUCCCUAUCUACACCAGCGGGGAAUGGGUCUCUGGCCGAAUUGUUGUGCAGGUUAAUGCUCAGAUCGAGGUGAAAGCUCUUAAAAUUCACGCCAAAGGACAAGCUUAUGUUCACUGGACGGAGGGUAAUUCAAUGGACUCGGACAGUCGAAGCUACUAUGAGCAGAACAGGUACUUGAAGUACAAGAACCUGCUAAUCGGUGAGUGUUUCCCCGCAUUGCAAAGAGACUUGAGCAUCUGAAAUCGAAAAAAACACAUUUGCAAUUAAACACAACUUAUCCGUGCGAUUCCAUGCCAGGACUGCGAUGAACUCUGGUGGAGUUAACGACUGGAAGUGUUCUCCAGCACGACAUAUUCACUUUUACAAUGAAAGCAGCAUUUCUAGCACUGUGUGUUUUUAUUUCAGAUUUCCAGCAUGGGCAGUAUUCGCUUUUACUAUAUUUUUAAGUUUUUGCAAAUUUGCGGUUAGAGAUGAUAUUGUUGACAACGUUAAAUCAAGCUCUACCUUUACA